GGGAAGACUCGAUGAAUAUCUGCCACCAUUUUCAUUCAGAUUGUUUUGGAUGGAGCUCUUUUUUAUGUUUCAAGACUCAUAUUUUUGUAACUAAUAAUGAAGAAGAAAAAGCAUCUGCAAGCUGAAACCGUACCAAUCAAAUUUUGCACAAAUUAUAUUUUCAAAAUCAGUAAAAGUUCCAUAUAGCUGACGUUCACUCAUAGCUGCAUCAUCAAGCAUGGGAAAUGUUGAAAUGCAUGAAUUAGAGCCUGUAAGAGAUGAUGAAAGAGAGGAGCUAGACUUGAGUGUUGCAGUUGAUUACAAAGGAUUUUGUAAGCAUAUUAAUGGAGAAUACUCUUACAAGUGCUUGACUGAACUACCUCAAACUAUAACAAAUUCUAUCUCUCUUCAUGAAAGAAUUAAUUUAUCUUUCAACUGUCUCACAACUCUACCUGCUGAAUUGCCUCUUAGAUUACCUCAUUUGUCAUUCAUGAAUCUCAGUUAUAACAAAAUAUCUUCACUCCCUGACAGCAUUGGGCUGUUGUUUCACUUGAAAGAACUUUUACUAGCACAUAAUUGUUUGAAAUCUAUUCCUUUAAAUCUUACUCGUUUGGUGAAACUUCAAAAAAUAGAUUUGUCAUAUAAUAACUUGGAAGAGUUGCCUGAAACCAUCGGUGAAAUGGAAUCCUUAAAGAAGCUCAAUGUUGCCAAUAACAAUCUAACAUACUUGCCAAAAUCUUUGGGCUUCAGUGACACUAUUGAAAGUUUACUUGCGGGAUCAAACUACUGUGAAUCACAGCCACCACAACAUGUGUGUGAUAGUGGAUCUGCACAGACAAUAAAAUUUCUAAAGCAGCUAGCUUCUGGCAAAGUUUUAACUAAGAUUGAGAAGAAAAUCAAUGUUUUUCCUAGAGUUCAUGGAAAUGUAGUACAAACAUCAAUUCCUAAUGCUGAUUCUGCUCGUGCACAAUAUGUUCAAGCUCAAACAGAAACAAUGAACACUGCUAGUCGUAUACGAACACCUUUGUUGCCUCCAUAUGAUGCUACACAGCUCCACCCUGGCGAACUGAGAGAUAGAAUAAUAGGUUUAAUUUAUGGAGCUGUUAUAGGAGAUGCUCUUGGAGUUGCUACUGAAUUCUUAUCUGCAGAUGAAUGCAGAUUUCAUUAUGAAAAAGAAAAUUUAACUUUUGUUGAUAUAAUUCGUGACGAGCAUAGAGUUCACUGGGCCAAAGGUACUUGGACUUCGAAUUCUGAUCAAAUGUUACUUGUUUUGGAUUCCUUACUUCAGUGGGCUGGAGUCGUAGAUGAAUUGGAAUUUGCCAAACAUUUGAUUUUAUGGAAGAAGAAUGGCAUACCUGAAAUUGAAAAGAAGGAAACUUAUAUACUUUCUUCAACAAUUAAUUUAGUAUUACAAGUUGAAGAUUACAAUCAAAACCCUCACAAAGUAGCCAAAGAAAUUCAUAAAAAAUGUCUGUUUGGUCAAGCUAAUGGAACAAAUACUGAAACAAAAUCACCAUCAUUUGUUGAUAGCGGCUCUUUAUCAAGAGCUAUUAUUUUGGGUGUACCUCGAUUUUAUGAUUUAAGUGAAGUAAUUUCAAAUUCAACUCGCAUCUGUUUAGCUACUCAUCAUGACCACAGUUCUGUUGGUGCAAGUGUGACUCUAAGUGUAAUUAUUGCAUUAAUGUUGCAGGGUAAAUUCUCUCUUGAAGAUCCUUUAGGUGUUGAAGAAUUAAUAAAUGCUGCUGUUCAGCAUGGUGUUAAUCAUAUUGCCGAAGAGUCUGUUGCAGCUGAUUUUGCUAGGCAUUGCUCCGUGCAAGAUUUUUCUUGUAUUGAAGCAUCAGAAAAAGAAAAAGCAUGCCAUCCUUUUACUUCUCUUGCUGCUGCUUUUGUUGCAUUGCGUCAAAAAAGUGAUUUUAAAACUGUAUUAAGCAACCUGUUGAUGCUUGGUGGUUACAGCAGCAUGAAUGGUUGUAUCAGUGGAUCACUCCUUGGAUGCAAGUGUGGUUAUUCAAAUAUACCAAAGCAGUGGAUUGAUGGAUUGGAUACAAAAAGUAGAAAUUGGCUGAAUUGCAAAAUCAAUGCAUUACUGGAUAUGAUGGGUCUGCCUUAACCAUAGAAUAAUUUAAAUUGUAAUUCAUUUGUUUCAUGUAAUGUAUCAGAAUGCGUUUAGUAAUUUUUUAUUACAGAUAAACCUCCAUAGCAUGAUUGUACUCAACAUUUAUUUUUUUAAAUACAUAAAUGGUAUUUUCACCAUUAAAAUACAGGCUUUUUUUUAUUUGGAAUGUAAUUGAGAUUUUUUUUUCUCAAAAGAAAUUGUCAUAAGAGCCUCCUUUUUAAAAAAAGUUGUUAAACAUGAAUAAAGUUGUAUACUUUUUCAACCUGUAACAAAUAAGUUAUUUAUCAAUUUUAAUAACUAGAGGAAAAAGUAAGGUAGGAUAUCCCACUCUGUAUAGAUUUUUAUGCCGGAUUUUUAAGCAAAGGUGCUAAUGGAUUAGUCUUGUGCAAAUGGAGACUGCUUCUUCUUUGAAUACAAUGAAGAGAAAAAAACGUUUACAAUUCUCUGCAAAUCAUGAAUUGAAAAUUCUAUUGAAUCAAGUGAAAGUUUCCAUGUACAGUUGAUAAAUCUACAAUUUUAGAUACAUUUCAAGUACAAGGAGUAGAGCAUGUCUCAGAAUCCUUGCAUUACACUUUUUAAGCUUUUUUUUUUUUUUUUAAUCAACAGUAUUGACUUAAUUUUGGAACCUGAUUACAAUGCAAUAUAUUUAACACGAAAAGGCUUAACGUGAAAAGUAGGUAAACACGAAAUGAUGUAAUGGUCUGAACUGUAUACUCGUCAAUUUAAUUCAAAUCUUUUAACAUGAAAAAUCUCUUGAUCCCCUUAGUUUUGCGUCAAACGUUUUUCACUAUAAUUGAAAAACAACAAAGAAGUUUGCAUAAUUCAAAAUAAUGUAGAAGGAUGUGAAUUGAGCUAUAUUGAAUCUGUAUUGAAGUGAGCCAUGUCAAUUCUCUUCAUUAAACUAUUGUUUGAUAGUUAUCAAGUGUUACUCUUGAUAUGAAAUAUUUUAUAUGUAUAUAGGUUUAGUAUCUAAGUAACAAUUUUUAUUUCUUAUACUCAUGUUCUAUUUUUUAAUGAGCAAAACUACAUUGCAAGUUAUAAUUAGUUUUUAUGUAUAAUCAAAACUGUAUAUCUUGAGUUUCCCAAUGUGUAAGAAAUUUGAGGUAAAAGGAAUUUUCAGAUACAGAGAGAAGUUUUGAUUUUUUUUUUAAAUCAACAAAUGGAAUUAAAGUGAAUGAAUUACAGCUAUUAAUAAUGUGUUGUGGUGGCACAGUGAGAACUUAAAGUAUAAUUCUUGAAUUUCAAAACUGUUCAUCAAUACCUCUUCCCAAAUGGGUGCAAUUCCUAGAAAACUUGUUCCUUGAACAGUUCAUGUGGACUCCUUUGUCUCUGGACUUGGUGGACAAUAAUAUGGGAGCGACUUAAUAUGGGAGGAAACAGUAGCGUAUAUAUGUUUUUAUUUUGGAGGGGCCCAUAUAACUAAGACUACCCCCCCCCCCCCCCAACUUUUUUUGUAGUUUCAAUUUUUUAGGAGGAGCAACAGUGCCCUAAUCAUUUUUUCGAGGUGGGGCAAGGACUUCAUACUGUCACCAUUGGAGCAACCAAAAAAUGAUAAGGGAGCACUCUUAAAAAAUGCUCACUUUUGGUGGGUAAGUGUGGAGAGGAGUCUGGGGGUUCUCCGCCGUAAAUUGUUUUGGAAUUACAGUCCUAAGAAGGCAGUUUUAUAUGGUCUUUGGUAAUGUUACAGAGAAGAAAAAUUCGGGAGGCCUUCUGCAGAAAUUUUUAGAAUUUAAAAUCUUAAAAAUGCCAUUAUAGGCUGUAAUUGUUGACGUUAGUGUAAUGAAUGGGGCUUUUUGGAGUUGCCCUCAAUUGAUUUUUUUUAAAAAUAGAGCAAGAGUAAAUUACUUGUCUAUUUGUCCUCACAUGCUAAGUAGAACUGGGUAAAUGAAUGCAAAAAUUAACAGGAAGUAGCUCUUUAACAGUAUGUUAAAUGCAUAGUGCUUUGGCAGCUCACCGAUCAGAGCUUGGUGAAAUGUAAUUGGAUAUUUCAGUGGUACAUUGUGCUUGAAUUGUUAAUUUAACCAUCUGACAGUCUUGUACUUUACUGACAUCAAGUAUUGGUAUUGCUUUUGCCUUGCGUAUCACAAAGUCAUCAGAAGAAAAGGAAAUAAAUGGUUGAAAUUUCAUGAGGUACAUUCCACAAGAGAUAGAUCUAUUUUUACUUACUUCAAGAAAGGGAGGAAUUUCUGCAUAAAAAAAGUACAUGCCCAUUUUAAAGACAUGGUUCCCUUUUAGCAUUUAUAGAUCUUUUACAAAAAUUUUCAUCCCCAUCAGUGAGUUAAAUGUUAUUUAAUAUUAUGGGAGACUAAUACAGUAUGAAUAUUUAUUUAAUACUAGAAAAUCGCCCGUCAAGGUAUGACGGGUGAAGAUUGCUUCUACAUUUGAACGAAGCCAUUGACUGUUUGGUGAUAUUUUGAUACUUGAAUUUGUAACCCUAACUCCAGUGGAUUAAUCCUAAACUCCAGUAGGCAGCGUUUAUUGUUGACCAUUCUUUCAUUUCUUCAUUCCCCUGAAAUGAGUCUUACCAGCAAAACAGUUACCGGAUUGAUUUCAGCCUUGUCACAAUAAAGCCUUUCCCUGCGUGUUAAACAUUACCAAAAUAUAUUAUCAAAUUAUCAUGCCGUGGUGCAAGUUUCAUUGUUGAAACUUGCAAGUUACUCGAUCAUUGGCUAUUACAUAUAUAUAUAAGGAUUUUUACUUGAGGAAUAUUCUAUGUAUAUUUUAAAAUACUUUGGAGAAAACCUAAAGCUUUGCCUUUAAGAUCAACAUAGUGAACAACAAUAAAAAAAAACUAUAUGUGUGUAUGGGUAUUUGUGUUUGUUAUAUAAUUUCAGACAAUCCUAUGGAUUUUUUUUUUUUUUCCCCCUGAAAGACAUGUAGGUGCUUUGAAUGAAUACAAAUACGAGCAAUUUGCUAGUGAUAGAAAAAUGUACAAAAGAAUGCUUUUCUUGUAAGAGCUCCAUCUGUGUAUAAAUGUGGUUGUGUUCUCUUGCAGCUGUUAUUCAUCUCCUAGUCAUUUAAUUAACUUUCAUUACAAUUUUAUUGAAUAAAGUCUAUUUUUAUAAAAAAAAUAAAUAUUAAAAAUGUAUAUUUUUGUGUACUGUGAACUGUUAUUUUGCUUCAAAUACAGUAUAAAUUGAAACAAAAUAUAUUAACUGUUGUGAUUUUUUAAAGUUGUACACUGAAUUUGUUAUCGAUUUCUAUAAAUUAUUGUAAAUUUUUAUGUAAAAAUAAAUUAUUUUAUUUUUACUUUUUGUUUUUUCUU